CAGUAUUGAGAAUUGGAGAAGAUCGGAUGCGGGUCGAGGCUGAACGAGGCUGAAGAACUCCGCGGUCCACCGAGGCUGCGCGAGUUUCAAAACAGCCAAGCAGGCCCCGGGAGCACGCGGCAUCAAUCGAUAGGUACUUGUACAUGUGUUUUCCGUAAAGAGUUUCUGUGAUGUGAUGACUCUGUGGCAGUAGCGAUUCGAGGUACAUUUUGUAUCAUACCAAGAGACUAAUUAUUGUCGACUACGUUCUCUCUGGCCGAUUGACUUUACCAAAAUCUCAUUCAGCGCGGGAUGGCUACAGCACUUAUUCUUGGCUCUACAGGGCUUGUGGGAUCCCACAUCCUAUCAACGCUGCGAGCUGGCACAUCUCAAUUCUCCAACGUUGACAUUAUCGCGCGACGCUCCCCUCCAGCUGCAACCGACGCCCGUGUUCCGGUCAAAGAAAUCGUGGAGCAAGAUACGUCGAAAUGGGUCUCUCAGGUCUCCUCGCUCUCUCCCACUCCCUCCGUCCUGUUCUGCGCUCUGGCAACCACCCGUGCUGCCGCAGGUGGAUUUGACAAGCAAUACAAACUCGAACAUGACCUGAACAUUGAGCUCGCCAAAGCGGCUAAAGAAGCAGGGACCAAGACUUAUGUUCUGAUCUCUGGCGGCGGAGCAGACCCGAAUGCGUACUUUGCCUACCCGAAGAUGAAAGGCCAGAUCGAGGAGCACGUCAAAGAGCUUGGGUUCGACCACACAAUUAUCCUGCGUCCGGGAUUGAUCCUCGGAGACAGGCAAGAAAGCCGUCCAGCGGAAGCUUUCGCACGAUUUAUGGCAUCCGCAUUCGGCCGCGUACAUAGCUCGAUGAGAGACUCCUGGGCCCAGGACGCAGACGCAAUUGCAAAAGCUGCUAUCUCAGCGGCGAUCAAGGUUGAAAAAGGCGAGAUUAAAGAAAAGGUCUGGAUUUUGGGUCAAAAGGACAUCCUCCAGCUUGGGGCUAAAGAAUGGAAGGAGCCAUCUUGAGUCAGGAUGAUGGAUGUGGAGAUGACGAACUGCAACAUUGAUACCCUUGAUAUUCGCUGCAAGACUGCUUUGACUCUCCGUUGGCUCUUGUAUGUACAGUCCCA